CUUUAAAAAAAGUUUCUCCAGUAGGAACACUGGCGAAGCGAGCCAUAAGUGUCUGCAUGAAGAUGCUGCGCGUCAAGAUGCUGCGCCUUGGGCGGCUGUGUGCCAGCACCCCAGGGGUGCUAGGGACACGCACCGUCCUCUCUCGGGUUUGGCAGGAAGCAAGGUUGCGAGGCGUCCGUCCCUUCAGUUCCGGAGAGGGGGAUCACACUGCCACCCUGCCCAUCGGAGGCCUUAGCUACGUCCGGGGCUGCACCGCAUUUCCUCUUCUCCUCGAGACUGUGGGACAGUGCCUGGACGCCACAGCACAGAGGUUCCCAGACCGAGAGGCCUUGGUCGUCCUCCAUGAAAACGUCAGGAUGACCUUUGCCCAGCUCAAGGAAGAGGUGGACAAAGCUGCUUCUGGGCUCCUGAGUAUCGGCCUUCGCAAGGGUGACCGGCUGGGCAUGUGGGGACCCAACUCCUAUGCAUGGGUGCUGAUGCAGCUGGCCACAGCUCAGGCGGGCAUCAUUCUGGUGUCUGUGAACCCAGCCUACCAGGCCAUGGAGCUGGAGUAUAGCCUCAAGAAGGUGGGCUGCAAAGCCCUCGUGUUCCCCAAGCAGUUCAAGACCCAGCAAUACUACAACAUCGUGAAGCAGAUCUGUCCAGAGUUGGAGAAGGCCCAGCCGGGGGCCUUGAAGAGUCAGAGGCUCCCAGAUCUGACCACACUCAUCUCAGUGGAUGCCCCUCUGCCAGGGACACUGCUCCUGGAUGAGGUGGUGGCAGCUGGAAGUAAAGAGCAGCACCUGGCCCAGCUCCAGCACUCCCAGCAGCUCCUGUCCUGCUAUGACCCUGUCAACAUCCAGUACACCUCAGGGACGACAGGCAAACCCAAGGGGGCCACUCUUUCCCACUGCAACAUUGUCAACAACGCCAGCUUGUUAGGGAAGCGCUUGAAACUGCACCUGAAGACAGAAGAGAAGAAGCGGAUAAUCCUGCCCGCCCCGCUGUACCACUGCCUGGGUUCUGUCGGGGGCACAAUGGUGAGCGUGCUACAUGGCGCCACCCUUAUCCUGUGUUCUCCGGUUUUUAAUGGCAAGAAGGUGCUGGAGGCCAUCAGCAGAGAGAGGGGCUCGCACAUUUAUGGCACCCCCACAAUGUUCGUGGACAUUCUGAACCAGUCAGACUUCUCCAGUUACGACAUCUCAAACGUGUGUGGAGGUUUAAUUGGUGGGUCUCCUGUAUCCACCGAGCUGGUGCGAAUGAUUGUCAAAAAGCUGAACGCGAGGGACUUGGUGGUUGCUUAUGGAACCACAGAGAACAGUCCUGUGACCUUUAUGCAGUUUCCUGAGGACUCCUUGGAGAUAAAGGAACAAACUGUGGGCAGAAUCAUGCCUCACACAGAGGCCCAGAUCGUGAGCAUGGAGACAGGGGCCACAGUAGAGCUGAACACACCCGGAGAGCUGUGGAUCCGAGGGUACUGCGUCAUGCUGGGCUACUGGGAUGAUCCCCAGGAGAAUGAGAAAGUGGUUGGACUCCAAAAGUGGUACCGGACAGGAGACAUCGCCACCAUAGAUGAGCAGGGCUUCUGCAGAAUCAUAGGCCGCUCCAAGGAUAUGAUCAUCCGGGGCGGUGAGAACAUCUACCCUGCAGAGCUGGAGAACUUCUUAUACACACACCCACAGGUGCAGGAAGUGCAGGUGGUGGGAGUGAAGGACAACCGGAUGGGGGAGGAAAUCUGCGCCUGCAUUCGGCUGAAGGAUGGGGAGAAGACCACGCCAGAGGAGAUCAAGGCUUUCUGCAAAGGGAAGAUCUCCCACUUCAAGAUUCCCCGAUACAUCGUGUUUGUCACUGACUACCCCCUCACCAUCUCAGGAAAGAUCCAGAAAUUCAAGCUUCGACAGCAGAUGGAAGAGCAUCUAAAUCUGUGAAUAAAGGGGAGGAGACCCUCCCUGGCCCUCCCUGACCUUCUCCCACAUUCCCCUCCUCUGUUUUUUGUGAUUUGACAUAAAGCUUCUCUGUUUGCUUUGGCCAAUCUCUUGCUGGUGUGAUCUAUUGGCAGCUACUAUGGGAUGGAAAAGUGAAGAAGCCAAAUGGAAACUAGCACUGUCAGACCUGUUCCUUAGCAAUGAUGGUGCUAAGCACUUUGGUUUGCAUUAUCUACUUAAUUUAAUCCUCACCUAAUCCCUUUGGUAUCUCAUAUUUUUAAAAACUAUACUUAUUUCUUUUUCACAUUGUCACCAGAUUAGUCCAGCAAGAAAUGUUCUUUUUUUAUAACAGCUUCUUUGAGAUAUAAUUCAUGGACCAUCCAAAGCAUGCAUUUAAAGUGUACCAUUCUCCCUGGCCAAGUAGCUUAGUUGGUUGGAGCAUUGUCCUGAUAUGCCAAGGCUGCGGGCUUGAUUCCCUAGUCAGAGCACAUAUAAGAACCAACCAAUGAAUGUUUGGAUAGGUGUAACAACAAAACGAUGUUUCUCUCUCUGUCUCCCCCACCAAUUUCUCUCUCCUCCUCCCUCUCUAAAAAUCAAUAAAACCCUGGCCCACCAGCUCAGUUAGAGCAUCAUCCUGAUAUGCCAAGGUUGUGAGUUUGAUUCCAGUCAGGACACAUAUAAAAAUCAACCAAUAGCCCUGGCUGGUGUGGCUCAGUGGACUGAGUGCUGACCUGUGAACCGAAAGGUCACUGCUUCAAUUCCUGAUCGGGACACUUGCUUGGGUUGCGGGCCAGGUCCCCUGUUGGGGCUGUACCAGAGACAGCUGAAUCUCUUGCACAUUGAUGUUUCUUUCCCUCUCUUUCUCCUCCCUUCCCCUCUCUUUAAAAAUAAAUAAAUAAAAUCUUUUUAAAAAAACCCCACCAAUGAAUGCAUA